UCUAGCUACCUAGCUUGCUUGUGUAUUAAGUCUGCCUUCUGUUUAACAAAUCUAAACUUAGCUAGUUUUCCUUUUCGUCAGUGAAUAGAAAAAAUGGUAACAGCGGUUAGAAUUUCUUUGUCAUCCGUAGCAAGUAGAGCUGCGGCUGUGGUGAUGAUGCUGCUUUUGAGCAGCGCAUGCCAAGCACAGCUUUCUUCUACAUUUUAUGAUAACACUUGCCCAAAUGCACUUCGUACCAUUCGCACAGCCAUCAGAUCCGCCAUUGCCCGAGAGCGUAGAAUGGCUGCAUCUCUAAUUCGCCUUCAUUUCCACGAUUGCUUUGUUCAGGGAUGUGAUGCCUCAAUCUUACUAGACAAUUCCCCUUCAAUCACAAGCGAAAAGUUUGUAAUUCAGAAUAACAACUCUGCAAGAGGUUAUGAAGUCAUUGAUCAGGCAAAAUCUGCUGUGGAGAACGUAUGUCCUGGAGUUGUGUCUUGUGCAGACAUCCUUGCAGUUGCAGCCAGGGAUGCCUCUGAAUACGUAGGUGGCCCAUCUUGGACAGUGAAGCUUGGAAGAAGAGAUUCUACUACUGCAAGCCCAAGUCUGGCUAGCAGAGAUCUUCCUCGUUUUACAGAUAGCCUUGAAAGCCUUCUCUCUCUCUUUGGAACCAAGGGCCUUAGUGCAAGAGACAUGGUUGCUUUGUCAGGUUCUCAUACUAUAGGUCAAGCUCAAUGCGUUACAUUCCGGGAUAGGAUAUACAGCAACGGAAGUGACAUUGACGCUGGAUUUGCUAGCACACGGAGACGCAAUUGUCCCACUACUGCUAACGGUAAUGGAAACUUGGCGCCACUUGAUCUGGUGACACCAAAUUCCUUUGACAACAACUACUUCAAGAACCUGUUGCAAAAGAAAGGUCUUCUACAGUCAGACCAAGUCCUGUUUAGCGGAGGAUCCACGGAUAGCAUAGUCUCCGAGUAUAGCAGGACCCCUUCUACUUUUAGUUCUGAUUUCGCAUCUGCCAUGAUCAAAAUGGGAGAUAUCGAACCUUUAACUGGUUCAUCUGGAAUAAUAAGGAGGAUUUGCAGCGCUGUCAACUAAUCGAUGCAUCUCCACCUGCGCGAAAAUUAAAACUGUUACAAUCUGGAAGCUCAACUCUCCCUAAAUUGGAGAUGUUUAUCUUACACCUCUCUCCUUAUGUAUUCUCUCUUAUUCUUUCAAGUGUAAAGAAGUUGUAAUGCUCGAGCUUUGUUUCCUACCUUUAUAGUUGUACUGUUCUGAAUAACGAGGCAUUGGUUUCGGAUUUA